UCGCUCUGUAGGCGGCACGCGGCCUGGCUGCUCUGCUCCGCGCUCUUUCCCCGGCAGUCGCGGCUGGACGCGCGGAGCCGGUUACCGCACGGACCGGACGACCACUGCUUCGUCAUUUCCUGCCGGCCCGGCGGCUUCCGGAUGGAACGAGGAGCCAGGUCUUUCUCCCCCCGCCCCCUCUCAGUGUGCGAACCGGAGGGACGCCGCGACGGCCCCGGUGCCGCCCCCCGGGCGCCUUGUCUUGGACAGUGGAACACACUCUUGGGGCCCGGAGGCCUCUUCCAACCAAGUGAUAUUUAUUUGGUGGAAAAAAACUGAACGGCACUGUUGGUUUGGUGACAAACCUGGAGUGAGGUCACUUUGAAGCCAUGUGGACUUGGAUGAGGGCCUGCAAACAAAAUCCAGCGAGAUGAAGGGAAGUGGUGUACUCUGAAAGCCCAGUUUUGUAUCCCUUUAGUCGGGAGCUGACAAUAUUAUUUUGGGGGUGCUGGGCACCAACAGAGCCCAUUGAAUCCACGUGACUUGGCCGAUAGGGGAGCGCACACGUCACCGUGCCCGCUGUCCAGGAAUCAGAGGAGGAGGUGCCCUGGAGUGAAGCCUGGGCCACAGCCCCGGUUAGCAGCUCUGCAGGCAUCUUACCUUGGAAACAGCACAGCUUGGCUUCCGUGUCAUCGCUGAGUUCAGAGAAUCCUAGUUUCACCGUGUCCUCAGUAGAAACCAGAGAACCAGAUGGAAAUGAAGGAUGAUCUCUGUGUUCUGUUUUCAGUUAUGUAGGAGUCCAGAAUAAGACUGGAAAGGAAAAUAUGGAAUGUGUUUUACCGCUGACUGAACACAACCCAAUGAACUGUCCUGACAGUAGUUUGAAAACCAGCAGCUAGCAGUUUGUGCAGCUCCAACAUCAUCCGGCACUUUCCAGAGCAGGCUCAUUGUUGAUGAGAACUCUCGGCCUGACGACGUUUGAACCUCAAGCUCGGUGGCUUUCAAAUACUUCUGCAAAAGAAAAGUACCCAGAGCUCCCUUUCCAAAAUGGCCACAGAUGAGUAUCUGUGGAUGGUCAUCUUGGGUUUUUUCAUAGCUUUUAUCUUGGCGUUUUCCGUGGGUGCCAAUGAUGUUGCCAAUUCGUUUGGUACCGCUGUGGGCUCGGGUGUGGUGACCUUGAGGCAGGCUUGCAUCCUGGCUUCAAUCUUUGAAACCACCGGCUCGGUGUUACUGGGGGCCAAAGUCGGAGAGACCAUCCGGAAAGGCAUCAUUGACGUGAACCUGUACAACCACACCGUGCAGACACUCAUGGCCGGGGAGGUCAGUGCCAUGGUCGGCUCCGCCGUCUGGCAGCUCAUUGCAUCCUUUCUGAGGCUCCCGAUCUCGGGGACUCACUGCAUUGUUGGGGCCACCAUUGGAUUCUCCCUCGUAGCAAUUGGUACAAAAGGUGUGCAGUGGAUGGAGCUGGUCAAGAUUGUUGCUUCUUGGUUUAUAUCUCCGCUGUUGUCUGGUUUCAUGUCUGGCGUGCUGUUUGUACUGAUCAGAAUGUUCAUCUUAAAAAAGGAGGACCCCGUUCCCAACGGCCUCCGGGCGCUUCCCGUGUUCUAUGCCGCUACCAUCGCGAUCAAUGUGUUUUCCAUCAUGUACACAGGAGCCCCAGUGCUGGGCCUGGUCCUUCCCAUGUGGGCGAUCGUGCUCAUCUCCUUCGGGGUCGCGCUGCUGUUCGCCCUCUUCGUGUGGCUCUUUGUGUGUCCGUGGAUGCGGAGAAAGAUAGCAGGCAAAUUACAAAAAGAAAGUGCUUUAUCGCGAGUCUCUGAUGAAAGCCUCAACAAAAUUCAGGAAGCAGAGUCCCCAGUGUUUAAAGAGCUACCGGGUGCCAGGGCUCAUGACGACAGCACCGUCCCCCUCACCGGGUCGGCCGCGGAGCCGUCCGGGACCUCAGAAAGCACGACAGGGGGACACCACCCCCGCGUACCGUACGGCCGGGCGCUGUCCAUGACGCACGGCGCCAAGUCGCCCGUGUCUAACGGGACCUUCGGCUUCGACGGCCCGGCGCGCGGCGACGGCCAUGUGUACCACACGGUGCACAAGGACUCGGGGCUCUACAAGGACCUGCUGCACCGCAUCCGCGAUGAGCGGCCGGCGCCGGACGGGGCCCCGCGGCUGCUGCGGCGCAACAACAGCUACACGUGCUACACGGCGGCCAUCUGCGGGCUGCCCGGCCUGGCCACGCGCCGCGGCGAAGUGCCCGCGCCCGAGGACAGCGAGAAGCUGGUGGCCGACGCCGUGGCCUACUCCCGCCGGCGGCUGCGCUACGACAGCUACUCCAGCUACUGCAACGCCGUGGCCGAGGCCGAGAUCGAGGCCGAGGAGGGCGGCGUGGAGGUGCGCCUGGCCACCCCGCUGGCCGAGCCCGAGCCGCCGCACGACGACGCGGCGGACGACGAGAAGGAGGAGAAGGACUCGGCCGAGGUCCACCUGCUCUUCCACUUCCUGCAGGUCCUCACCGCCUGCUUCGGCUCCUUCGCGCACGGCGGCAACGACGUGAGUAAUGCCAUUGGUCCCCUGGUAGCUCUGUGGCUGAUUUACGAACAAGGUGCGGUCCUACAAGAAGCAGUGACUCCCGUCUGGCUGCUGUUUUACGGAGGGGUUGGAAUUUGUACAGGCCUCUGGGUUUGGGGGAGAAGAGUGAUCCAGACCAUGGGGAAGGACCUCACCCCCAUCACGCCGUCCAGCGGCUUCACCAUCGAGCUGGCCUCAGCGUUCACCGUGGUCACCGCCUCCAACGUCGGGCUGCCCGUCAGCACCACGCACUGCAAGGUGGGUUCGGUGGUGGCCGUGGGCUGGAUUCGCUCGCGCAAGGCCGUGGACUGGCGCCUCUUCCGGAACAUCUUUGUGGCCUGGUUCGUGACCGUGCCUGUAGCAGGGCUGUUCAGUGCUGCUGUCAUGGCUCUGCUCGUGUACGGGAUCCUUCCGUUCGUGUGACCGGUCCUCUUCCAGCCGGUAAACGAGGGAUGGGCCGGGCUGCGUGUGGGCGCUGCGUACUGUCUCCCGCCAGCGCCUCCACGACCCUCUGUGAUGUUCCAAGCCACACCGUCCACCCAGGUGUAGAGUCGUCCUCCAGAGCUAACUUGACUACUGUACAUAAUCAUGUGCACUAAACUGGUAUCGUGGUGAUAUAACAUGGUGCGGUUACUUAUAUAUUAAAUAUAUAUGGUAUACAUAGAAUAAUAGGUAGUGCUAUUUCAGACAUACUCGAAAUGGGAGUGGAGACACUUGCCUAGGAUUCGAUAUUCAACAAAUCUUUGUACAUACUGAUUUCAGUGGCAGAUUUUAAGAACCUUUGAAAAGGAAAGUGUAGAUUGGAAAACGGUAUUUUUUCCCCCAUUUAAUAUACUGUAACGUAAGUGAGAUACAGGAUGGAUGAUACCCAUUCGGGAGGUGUAUGUGUGUCAGUGUGCUAUUGAAUACUGGAACAGGAGUUCACAAGUGCUUUCACUGAAGAAUUUGUUCAUAUACUGUGUAUUGAUUAUGUAAUAUAUCAUAAUUGCUUCUGUAAAUACUUAAAACUGUAAUUUUCUAAUGGUGUGCUUCCCUUAUCCUUUUUUGAUCAGAGAAGUUUGGAAAGUACCAAAGAAGCGGGGGAAUAGUUUGCCAGUAUUAUAUUUUCAUACUCUUUGUUUCCCCUUCUCACUAAUCCUACCAUUAGCCUGGGGUGCAGCAGGACCACCAUGCUCUGAGCUGCCCUGGAGCAGGGUGUAUGGUGAGGCACCAGCCCCCCCACGUGCGCACGUCCCACUUCCGGUCCCCCUCCCCGCCACCACGCUGCUACCGCUGCCCCGGGCCAGAUCUUGGCCCUUCCUUGUUGUCCGUGUAGAGAAGGUACAAGCGGUGAGGACGCGUGAUCGAGCACUACAUAUCAAGUCCAGCUUAAAUGUCCGCCCCCUCCUCCCCUGCAGCCUGAAGGAUGGACCUCUAACCUCAGACACGGAGGCAAGUGCUUUGACAUUGUGGAAGCUCAGGAGUGGGGAGGGCUGAGCUGUUAGACAAUACACUGGACUUGAGGAGUUCCUUGAGGCCUUCACCAAGUGGGGCUGCUGGAGCCCCACUGGCGUCUUCUUUUUCGAUAGCGGGAGGAAGUGUGACUAAUGCUAGAGCCUGAAACUAUGGAAAUGCUGCUAAAACUUUUAUAUUGACAAACGUUUUCUCGGUACUUCAUUGUGAUUUUUCAUUAAUCAACCAUAUUACAUUUAUAAUAAAAACAUGCCCCUCAAAAGUUUGGCCUCUCAAGUCUU